AUGUUUAGCAGGUUCUGGUCCUCUGACUCCCGGGGAGGCAAGCCCACUGAACUAGGCGACACGCUCGACGCUACCGCCGGCUACACAGUCAGCGCCGCACAUGACGAUGCAUGCGCUGUCCACGCCUCCAAGAGGCGGCGUGCCGACAGCAUAGACAACGACGCGCAGGCCGCCGACGUCCUGCCCAAGCGACCCAAACUCAGCGACCGAAUACAGGAACAGAUCGACAAUGCCGGCAGCGUCAUGGACAGCCUAGACUCGGCCGAGGACAAGAUCGAGAGCGCAUUUCAGCUUCAGAUCCUCAUCAAGCAUGAGGAGAAGCGACUCAUCGACACCCGCAUAGCCGAAUGCCAGGCAGCCCUCGAGCAGCUACGACGCGUCCACCUCAAGCCCUACCCCAUCAACUGCCCGACACCCCAGCAGAUGCUCGACAUCAGUGCCGGCAAAGGCCACAGCCUGCAGCGGCCCGACGAGCCCGUCCCGACCUUUGCGCCGCCCUACGGGGUGGUCGACGGCCCAUAUUCGCGCCACUACCAGCGCUGGCUCAUCCCGCACCGCGACUUUGACGGCGUUGACUACGAUGCGCAACAGGCCGACCCGUCGCGCUCCAAGGCCUCCUUCGCCGAGGGCCGCACCACCAGGUAUAGCUUUGGCGAGCCCUCGGCCUUUUCCAGGGGCCGCCCGUCACGGAGCGCGCCCUCGGCCAAGCUGCAGGCUCUUCAGGCUGGCCAAGCUCCGCGCAAGGCCACUGCCGGCCCCUGCGUUCUCAAGCGCUCUGACGGCCAGGUUGUCAAGCUCGUGUGCAUCGACUGCCACCGCGAGAACUUUUCCAGCACCCAGGGUUUCAUCAACCACUGCCGCAUUGCCCACAAACGCGACUUCAAGAGCCACGAGGAGGCCGCCGUCAAGUGUGGCCAGCCAUACAAGUCACCCGAGCCUGGCAGCACCGGUAGUGCCACUUCUGCCGAGGAACGCACCUCUGCAUCUGCGCCUACGCCUGCGCCUGCACCUGCGCCUGCACCUGCACCGAUACCGGCGCCGGUGCCGGCGGCUCCUCGCCAGAGCUGUGUCGUGAACCCCCUGGUCAAGUCUGGUGGGACCGACAUGACUUACAACGAGGCGUGCGCCUCUCUCAGUGCUCGACUCAGGGACGUCAUCAAGGUUUACAGCCAGGACGGCCCGAAUUCCAAGCCCACCGCCACCAAGGUUAAGGUGGAAAGACCGAGGGCCACUGCUGGUGAGAUGGAGGCGUCCUCGGAGACCCCCCACCUGUCGCGGCUCUUGCAGCGCCGCAAGUUUUCUGGAAACCUGCGCGAGCUGGUCAAAGAUGCUAAGACGAGUGUGUCCCUGGAUGACAUAACGCCCGACGAGGACUCUGACGACGGCGAGCCCGUGGCCGCCACCGCAAUGGUUGCCCGCACGCCGGUCGUCAAGCGCGUGCCGGUGGUGAGCGCCGACACCCCCACACCUACCGGCCGUCCGAUCAGCAGCAAAGCGGUGGCCCACGGCAUCAAGACGUCGGACUCGCCGGCACCGAACAGCAGCAGCAGCAACAGCAACGGCAACAGCAACGGCGGCGGCGGCAACAGGCACGGGUCGUCUGAUGAGGAUGCCGAGAUGGAAGAGCCCUCGCUCAGCCCGACGACGCUCAUCGCCAACAACGCACCCUCCCUCGUAAGCGACGACGGAGAGUACGACGACUCUGACGAGGGAUCGUCGGACGCGGGCCACGGCGAGGAGCUGGAAGACGCGCACUCGCUGUCGGACGUGGCCGACAUCACUAUGGACGAAGACGGCGACCACCCUCACCGGACUCUCCGACGGACCUCGACAGGAGUGUCGAGCGCCGUCAGACUUGGCAGGGAAGAUGCCAAGCAGAGAGUCUCGUUUAUCGGGGCCGUGACGGGCAACAACGGCAACGAGAGACGGAAGCGCAAGGCAUGA